CUUCUGCCCCUCGAUGCCAUCACCGCUGCUGCCCCUACUGUCAAAAUUUCUCCUCUUCCUCCCUGCCACCUAUGGAAGCAUCGUGACUUGUUGUACCGACCGACCGACCGACCGAGACCCCGGAGUCGGCAUCGCAAUAUGUCGUUCUUUCGGUCGUUGGACGCGGUCAAGGGCAUGCCUCUCAUGACACCGGAGCGAGAGGCUGCUUUUAGGGCGGAAAAUCGAGCGGGAGAGGUGUAUACGAUCCACAUCAUCUUCUUCGUCCUCUCGAUUCUCUCGGUUUGUGCCCGGCUUGCUGCGGCGAGGCAGUCUGGUCGGAGGCUGGCUUGGGAUGACUGGCUGUCGGUAACUGCUCUAGUCUUCAUCGUCGGAGUGUUCACCGGCACAAUGUUCUGGCUCAAGUUUGGACUUGGUAGACACGAAGUAGUUGUCCACGAGGAAGACCCCAUGAACAUUACCCGAUUCUAUCAGACAAUCUUCGCCAACGAGAUUAUGUAUCCAAUGGGGCUCGCAAGCGCACGGCUAUCACUAGUGAUAUUAUAUCACCGCAUAUUUGGACUCUUCAGUGCGAGGUACUAUCUGUACGGUCUCAUGUUCUUCAUCGGAGCUUGGGCAAUAUACGCAACUAUUCCAACGAUUGUGGCUUGCAUACCCGUGCAAAACUUCUGGACUACACACAAGAACUGUCUUGACCUUUCCAAGCUAUACAUCAGCAUAGCAGUUGGUAGCAUCGUGACCGACUUCGUGUUGAUACUUAUUCCAAUACCCUACGCGAUGAGGUUGACGAUGUCACCUUUUAAGAAAAUGCUCCUCAUCUCGUCCUUUGUAUUCGGCGGCUUCAACUGUUUCAUCACCAUCAUCAGACUGGUCAAAGUCUCAACCUUUGACUACAAAGAUCCCACAUGGGGAACCGUCGAUUUGAUGAUUUGGACAGGACUGGAGGCUUAUUGUGCCGUGAUAUGCUGCUGCCUACCGACCCUUCGCCCCUUACUCCAAGUCCUCCGUUCCAAAUCCUCCAAAGACACCAACCAAAAUGAAGACGAAAUGAGUCGGCCUGACGUUUAUCUGAAAAUGCCACCGCAAAUAGCUUCUCGCUCUUCUGAGGAGGCACUUGAGGAAUACGACUUCGUCAAGAUGAGUCUUGCAGAUCUUCAGCAGUAUAGCCGGCGCACGAUGAUCGAGACGGGAGGGACAGCAUUGGUGUAUAGACAGCCAUAG